ACAUAAAGAGUUAUCUAGAAAAACCAUGACACAACAUAAAGUUCGAUUAACCUUUAAGAUUAAUUAUUUUUACUAACAUUUUUCUUUACCUGCAUAUAUAAACAUUGACUUAAUAAAUGCCUACAUAGAAGUGCAUGCUCAAAUACCUCUCUUAUAGUGUGUCAAACAUUGACUUUAAAUAGAAAUACACGAUUUUAAAAACAAAUGAAUUGUUGAUACGUAAAUGCCUUGUUGGUGAAAAUGUGUGCAAUGCAUGACCAUGUGUUCAGGCAUCCUUUGGUACAGUUAUUUUGUCAGCCAUUGGUAAGGGCAUUCAUAAUGUUCUUUGUUCAUGAUUAGUAGCAAAGUGAUUCGUGAACAGCUUGCUUUUUAAUUCUGAUUUGUUUGCAUCCAUUUUUUUAAUCCAUUUAUGAAAAUCUUAAUAGGAAUGCAUGUUGAGUUGAUGAUGUUGGUGAUAUAAGUAGGUAAAUAUGAUUGUUUUGCUAUAGCUUAUAGUUGAACUGUAUGCUUUCUGAGGAUGAUAAUAUUAAUCAUAUGUGUAUUUAAACAUGAAAAAUAUACGCAUAAAAGUUCCAAGUAGCCUUUUAUAGUAAUAAAAGUGCUAGCGUGACGUUAAAUGAAUUUUAGGUUUCAAAAAUGCAUACACAAGGAUAUGGUAUGAAUGAAUUUUGCACCUAAAAGUGUAGGCACUUACAUAUGAUUUAAAAUUGCAUUCGCUGUUGCUUCUUACAAAGUUAGCCAUAUUUGUAAACUUGAACUUGUCUGUUUUUAACAUUUAUCUUCAUUGUGAAGGUCGCAGUGUUGGAAAAUGUUAAUUUCUCCCUUCUACCGACUAUACACUGACUUACUUAACCGCUUUUGUUCAUUAUGGAAUCUGUUUGUUGAUUAGACAUUUGUCUCCAACAUUUAUUACAGAUGAUAAUCUUAUCCUUAUCUUCUCUUCAGUCAACAUUCUCUAGAUGUUUAUCUGAUAAUUUCUGUUUUAUCCUUAUCCAUAUUGACUGCCUUAGUCUUGAUUGUAAAGGCACCGCCAUUGAACUGUUGCCUAUAAAUAUUCAAGUUUAGUAACUCUUUACUAAUCCCAGAUCAUAGAUAUCUGGAGAUCAUUAUAGAAGCUGUGUCUGAUGAGAAUACAAUGCAGAUAACUGUUAUGGUAAGAACUCUGCAGAGUUCUGUAUCUGCAUAUAUGUAUUCAUAGUUGAAUCAAUGAUAUUAGCCUUUAAUGCUGUGGCAUACGUUGGCUUAUGGAAAUACAGUUUAUGCUUUGUGUUUUAUGCUUUAUGUUUAGAUCUUGUGAUUGAUCCAUCUAUCCACCUCCAACAAAGUGGAAUCAGAGCCAAUGGUAAGAUGAUCCUGGAGAGUCGGGAGAAUCUGGAGAUCAUUUUAAUAUGGAUUCUGCAGAGUUCCUCAAUCUAUGUUUUGUAUUGUGAUGAUAAAUAGAAUUCUGCAGUAGCAGAGUUGAUGAGUGUUACAAUAAUUUCAUCAUGUUCUGCAUGAUUAUGACUAUGGUUUGUUUUUUCUGUUAUUUAUAAUUUAUAUUCUGCAUUGUUAAUGUUCCAUCCACCUCCUUCAAAGUGGUAUCAGAGCUGAUGGUGGAUGAUCCUGAAGAGUUUGAAGAGCCAGAAGAAUCUGAUGAAUAGUAUGCCAAAAGAAUCUAAGGGAAUGUUGAUGUUUGAAGGCAUUGAGUAAAGCAAGUGCUGACAUGAAACUGCUGUGGCAGUUGAAUGAAGGUUCCAAAGUCUAAAUGAUCGCUGUGAAUUUUUCUUGUAUACCGAGCUGUCUCCUUUGAAAGUAGGAGAUCAUAGCAAAAGACAGGCGUAGUUUGCAACCUAUUCAUGUUGAUGUCUUUUGAGAUUGUGACUGCCACAAAAGUUGAAUAAAGAGAAGAAACCAUAGGUGCUGAGUUUGCUUUUAUAUGGGUGAUCAGAAGCAAAUCUGAAAUAGUGGAAAAAUAUUUUUAUAUUUUUUUAAAAUUAUUUUAUACGUUAGUAAUUGUCAUUUUUGAAGGCCUUUGGGGCAUUUUUAGCCCUUGAAAGUUUGGUAAAGGACUUCGCUCCUAACUCUUGGAGACCUUCUCUUGGAGACCUUUCCAAGAGUUCGAAGUGAGCCGUUUAACUCGUUGGAAAGGUCUCCAAGAGUUUGAAGUGAGGUAGCAUUUUCCAAGAGUUUGAAGUGAGCCGUUUAACUCGUUGGAAAGGUCUCCAAGAGUUCGAAGUGAGGUAGCAUUUUUAGCCCUUGAAAGUUUGGCCUCAGGACUUCGCUCCUAACUCUUGGAGACCUUUCCAACGAGGUCUCCAAGAGUUAAGAGCGAAGUCCUGCAAAAACAUGCCUACGGCAACGUUCUAAAGGACAGGCCAAACUUUCAAGCCUUCAAAAAUGACGAUCAAUGGGUGAAGAAAGAAUUUGUUGCUAUGUGAGAUGGAUGCCAGUGUCUAUAGGGUCGCUGCAAAGAAGAAGUGCAGAUCCUACCAUUUAGAAAAUAAGCCACUGUUGCAAGUCACGGCUGAAGUUGUUGACUGUCGCUGUCAAAGGAGAGUUAAAAGUGACCGCAGAAAAUUCAAGAUGAAGCCGUAGCUUCUAAAGGUUGCAGCUGUUGUACGAGGAAAUAAAGCAUAGAAGAAGAUAAGUCAUUAUGUUUUUUUAUGUUUGCAGUCGUUCACGAAGAUCAAAAUUGUUUUUGUAGGAAACUGCCUAUAAGUCUGAAAAAUUAUAAGAGAUCGGUGCUCUAUUUGACAAGAGAAGCUAUCCAGUAUAAUUUUUGUGUGGAGAUAGCUGUAAGGGGACUGUAGUCCACAAAUCAAAGGAGCCAUAGCACAAAUAAAAAAAUGUUGCAGAAAGCAAAGAAUGAAGCUGCAGAGAGAGUAUUAAAAAUGCAAAGAUUCUACAAAUAGAUUCAGAAUGAAGAAUGAAAUUGUUUCUGUUUGAAAUAGGGGAACCCGAAGGGCAUAGGGAGACUGCCAGUUUGCUACUAGUCCAAGAAAAGAAGAGUCACUGAAGUUUUUGUAUUCACAAGAAAGGACACUUACAUCUGCUGUUGAAAAGAGGCAGAGAGUUAAAUGAGCUCGCAAGGAUUGAAUUGUGGAAAAUCUGAAACCGUAGAAAGGAAUCAAGGCGUUGUUUGCAGUAGAAACUGUUAUCGUCAAUUUUUUUUGAAAAAUUGUAAAAUCAAAGAUUUGGGAGGCUGCCAUAGCAGUUGGACAAAGCCAAGAUAAAGGCAUCAUCAGAUCUGAAGAUUGUAGAGAUGGUUUGAUUUUAUCAAGCAAAGAAAGCAAAGAAAGAAGCAAAGAAAGCAAAGAAAGAUUCGAGUCUGAAGAUUUGGAAGAGGCAAAAGAAGAGAGCUGAUGAUAACAAGUAUUAUGAAUGUGGAAACAUUCGCUGGUCGAAAUUAAGGAGUGUUGUUGGAAAAUGUUAAUUUCUCCUUUCUACCAACUAUACACUUGAGUUAUUUAAUCGCCUUUGUUCGUUAUGGAAUCUGUUUAUUGAUUAGAUUUUUGUCUCCAACAUUUAUUACAGAUGAUAAUCUUAUCCUUAUCUGCUCCUCAGCCGACAUUCUCUAGAUGUUUAUUUGAUAAUUUCUGUUUUAUCCUUAUCCAUAUUAACCGCCUUAGUCUUGAAUGUAAAGCCACCACCAUUGAACUGUUGCCUAUAAAUAUUCAAGUUUAGUAACUCUUUACUCAUCGCAGAUCAUAGAUAUCUGGAUAUCAUUAUAGAAUGUGUGUCUGAUGAGAAUACAAUGCAGAUAAUGUUACUGUAAAACUCUGCAGAGUUCUGUAUCUGCAUAUAUGUAUUUAUAGUUGAAUCAAUGAUAUUAGCCUUUUAUGCUGUAGCAUAUGUUGGUUUAUGGAAAUACAAUUUAUGCUUUGCGUUUUAUGUUUUAUGUUUAGAUCUUGUGAUUGAUCCAUCUAUCCACCUCCAACACACAGCCCAAGUAUUUUUCUUGUACAAUCUUCUAUGUGGCAGAAUUGUUUAAUUCUUUUAACGAAGAGGAAAUAAAUAAGUGCCAUUAUGACCUAUUUCUAAUAAAUCUCAUUAUGUUUAGUCUUUCUCAUGCCAAAGCUGUUAAUGCAUGGUAGCUUAUGCAAGAUAAGAUCUUCCUAAACCUUCCUUGUUCUGUUAUUUACAUGCUUCAUGUCAGAUUUAUAUUGCAUAUGAUUAUCAGAUUGUACAAACAUCACUUAUCAUUAUGCUAUCGGGCUAACAACCCAAUAGCAUAUUAAUGUCAAUUAUUAAUUGGCAUUAAUAUGCUAUCGGGGUAUUAACCCGAUAGCAUAUUAAAUGCUAUAAGUCAUCGGGUUAUUAGCCGAUACAUACUUGCUAUCGGGUGCAUAACCAUUGGCACCGGUUCACAUCUGUUAUCAGGCGUAAUUAUAUCGGGCAUAUUUGUUAUCGGGUUUAAUGAAUACACCGCUUCAUUUGGAAUUAACAUUAGUUAACAACUGCACCGGUUGGAUUACAUACAUCGUGCACUUUGAAUCAUCGGUGUUUAUAUGAACCGAUUCAUUACAUUGAUCAGUCAUUAUAUUAUGAUAUUACAAUAUGCUAUCGGGUGUUUUGAACCGAUAAUCAGCAUUGUGUUAAUGGUAUAAUUACAAAGGCACCGAUCAAUGGGCCUAAAAGGCAUGACCGGUCAAUACACCAAUUGACCGGUUGCCUAAAUGAUAUAUAUGCCAAUUGAAUUCAUUUGGAGUAGACAUAGAAAAUAUUAUAUGAUCUCUCUCCUUCAGACCUGCAGAUAAAAUCAGAAUUAUCAGACAUUGACAUAAUUCCUCAUAUCCAUUUAUAGCAUACAUAGUUCAUAACUUGUUCUUUAAUUGAAAUUGAAAUAACUUUACAUGGUAUCAGAGCCAAGGUAAUCGAACCUAAGGCUAUUCAAUUUUGAUAAAAUUCAAGGACUAAGUUACAAACUACAUCACAUUUCCAUAAUGGCCAACGCUAUCAGAUUCGAAGAUAGACUCGGAGGUAGCGAAGAAUUUUCAGCUUGGAAGUUUAGAAUCAAAAUGAUUUUAAGAGAAAACAAAGUUGAUUCAUAUGUCCAAACUGAAAGUGCACAACCAGAAGAUGAAACCGAGAAAUCCACAUGGAUCGAGGGAAAUGAUAAGGCCAUUAAAAUAAUAGUGGAUGGGGUAAGAAAUAAUAUAAUGCCCAUAAUUAGAAAGCAGGAGACGGCUUAUAAAAUGUUCAAGGCACUUGAAAAGACAUUUGAGAUAUCAAAUGCAAGUCGUACUCUAGCACUAAAACGAGAAAUAAAUCAUAUCACCAUGAACAAAGGGGAGACAAUCAACGCCUACUUUAUGCGGAUAUCGGUUCUAAAAGAUGAACUUGCAACUUUGGACUACGAGAUCCGAGGCAAAGAACUAACACUCAUUGCUUUAGAUGGGUUGCCUAGUGGAUGGAGCACAUUCGUCCAAGGCAUCAGUGCAAGGUCUAAAUAUCCUAAGUUUGAGAGACUAAGAGAUGACUGUCUACAAGAAGAAUCCCGAUUGAACAAGGUAGGAAUAAAACAGAAGAAUAUAGAUGAAGACUUGCAAGUCCUAAAUACAAACAUCAAUAAAAAAUACAAAAAGAAGCAAUUCAGGAAAAGAAAAGCUAAACAAGGCAAGAACACUUCUAAGAAAGACCUAUCACAUGUUCAAUGUUAUAGGUGUGACAAAUGCGGACACUAUGUUGCAAACUGUCCGGAGAAAGGGAAGCAAGCCACAUUUGCAAAAGUGAAGAAAUCUAGAAAAGAAAAUGACUCCGAGAACUAUGUCCUCUACUCAGCACUUACAAGCCAUACUUCAAACAAAUCUAACUCAUGGGUGAUCGACAGUGGUUCAUCCAGACACAUCACCGGCUUUAGAGAAAUACUAGACUCCAUGAUAGAGAAAGAUGAUGAGGAAGUAACCAUCGGAGACGAUUCUUCACAUCCAGUCAGAGGAAUUGGAACCUGCACCAUCAAACUGAAGUCAGGCAUGUCACUAAACUUAAAGAAGCAGCAGCAGAAUCAAGACCUACUGACCCCACUCAAUACAGGCAGAUGAUUGGGUCCCUGAUGUAUCUAGUAAAUACAAGGCCAGAUAUCUGCUAUGCUGUUAAUGCCUUAAGUCAGUUCAUGUGUGAACCUAAGGAGAUACACCUGGUUGCAGUAAAGCAUAUAAUGAGAUAUCUACAAGGUACCCUAAAGCUUGGUCUUAAAUAUGAAAAGGUUGACAUAGAUUUACAUGGAUUUACAGAUUCAGAUUGGGCUGGCAGUGUGACUGACAGAAAGAGCACUUCAGGGUGCUGCUUCAGUUUAGGGUCAGCCAUGAUAUCCUGGAUCAGCAGAAAACAAUCUUCAGUAGCUCAGAGUUCCACAGAGGCUGAAUAUAUUGCAGCUUCACUGGCUGCUCGAGAAGCAGUAUGGCUAAGGAAAUUGCUCGUGGGAUUAUUUGGAGAACCUAUGAAACCUACAGUCAUUCAGUGUGAUAAUCAAAGCUGUAUAAAACUUUCUAUAAAUCCAGUAUUUCAUGACAGGUCCAAACAUAUUGAGAUCCCAUAUCACUAUGUACGAGAUAUGGUUGACAGGAAUGUGAUAAAGUUAGAAUAUGUGUGUACAGGAGAUCAGACUGCAGAUAUUCUAACCAAACCACUUUCCAGAGUGAAGGUUGAUCACUUCAGAAAGGGUUUAGGUAUGAUAGAAAGGUAAUCUGCUUUGUAAUCUAUACUUACAUAUAUUUAAGAUGUUUAAUGUGUAAACUUCUUUGUCAUGUCUGGACUAUCUCUUGGCUUCUUGCCACCUGUAUUCAUAUCUAAGAGGUGACGAUCUCUUAGACACUGAACACUUGUAUAUAGACAUCAUAAGGUGACGAUCUUAUGAUAGUCAAACCAGUAAUCAUGUUGGAUCACUAGUAAGUCAUGGAUGUGUCAUGACUAUGUUGUGAUACAACAUUUGUACAAAUGUUAUUGCAUUAUCACAAUUUGGAUAUAAUGAGAACUUAAACACUUCUCAUAUGGUUAUCCUUGUAUUGCGUGUUAAGCAAUACUGAUAUCACGUGUAGGUGAUAUCUCAACCAUUGAUCAUGAUUGAAUCUCUGGUAAGUCAUGGAUUUGCCAUGACUAUGUUGUGAUAAACAUUUAUAAAUGUUAUUGCACUUAUCACAACUUGGAUAUGAUGAGAAACUAACCUUUCUCAUAGACUUAUCCUUAAGUAUUGCGUGUUAGGCAAUACUAAUGUCACGUGUUAGGUGAUAUCUUGAUGAAUCUUACAGAUCACAUGUUUUGAUGAUUUCUCACAUGAUCAGGUGAUGAUUCUCUUACUUUUAUCACAUGUUAAAAUAAUACUUUAUGUCACAUGCUCAGGUGAUUUCUUCUAUUUUGUAUCAUAUGUCUUGAUGGUACUUCUCAUGUAUAAAUGAUUUUUUGCUGACUGACAUUAUCUUAGUUAUGAAAAGGAAAUGUGAUGCAGGUUGCCUUAUCUAUCUUCCAAAGCUAAGAGGGAGUGUUAAUGCAUGGUAGCUUAUGCAAGAUAAGAUCUUCCUAAACCUUCCUUGUUCUGCUAUUUACAUUCUUCAUGUCAGAUUUAUAUUGCAUAUGAUUAUCGGAUUGUACAAACAUCACUUAUCAUUAUGCUAUCGGGCUAACAACCCGAUAGCAUAUUAAUGUCAAUUAAUAAUUGACAUUAAUAUGCUAUCGGGGUAUUAACCCGAUAGCAUAUUAAAUGCUAUAAGUCAUCGGGUUAUUAGCCGAUACAUACUUGCUAUCGGGUGCAUAACCAUUGGCACCGGUUCACAUCUGUUAUCAGGCAUAAUUAUAUCGGGCAUAUUUGUUAUCGGGUUUAAUGAAUACACCGCUUCAUUUGGAAUUAACAUUAGUUAACAACUGCACCGGUUGGAUUACAUACAUCGUGCACUUUGAAUCAUCGGUGUUUAUAUGAACCGAUUCAUUACAUUGAUCAGUCAUUAUAUUAUGAUAUUACAAUAUGCUAUCGGGUGUUUUGAACCGAUAAUCAGCAUUGUGUUAAUGGUAUAAUUACAAAGGCACCGAUCAAUGGGCCUAAAAGGCAUGACCGGUCAAUACACCAAUUGACCGGUUGCCUAAAUGAUAUAUAUGCCAAUUGAAUUCAUUUGGAGUAGACAUAGAAAAUAUUAUAUGAUCUCUCUCCUUCAGACCUGCAGAUAAAAUCAGAAUUAUCAGACAUUGACAUAAUUCCUCAUAUCCAUUUAUAGCAUACAUAGUUCAUAACUUGUUCUUUAAUUGAAAUUGAAAUAACUUUACAAAAGCAACAGAGAUUUUUUAUAUUAUUGGUGAUCCCAUUUGAAUUCUAUGAUUCACUUCUCCUUUGGUAAAAAGGGGAAUUCUGAAGCAGGAUGGCAUGUAAAAUUCUCUUUAAACAGGAAAUGAAUCACCAGCCUAAAUAACAUAUUUCCACGAAGGCUGUUUUGUUCAUAUUCCUCAACAAGCUUAAGUUGCAUUGAAUUUCUGAAUUUCUCUGUGAUGUAAUUUAAAUGUUGCAAUUCUACUUUACCUUUAGGAGAAAAUAACGAUGGUUUGAUUGGUCCUCUAAUAAAUUUUUAUUGUCAAAUGAAUCACCUAUAAUAAAUUUUUUUUUUUUUGUCAAUCUUUCACAUUAGUGAAAGCAACAUAAGUUUCUGAGAUAACUAAAGACAAACACGAAUUGGUGGUACAAUGCCAUUUCUCUUGUUUGAAUAAUCAAGAGUGGAACUUUGGUCUUUAAUAGGGUGUCAAUGUAAAGGCUAUAUUGUUUACUUUCACAUAAGCCAAAGCAACCUUGGAUUUCUGAGAUGAUUAUAGUGUUUGAUCCCAUUUCCUUCUAGUAAAUGGCAAAGAGGAAUGGGGAGAAAAAUUCCUGAAUUGAUGUCUACUUCUAGUCCUACAAUGAGAUCACAUAAUUGAGUUAACAUCUAUGAUUUCUUUUUUAUAUUGAGAAUCUUAAAUGUUUUUUAACUACUUUGACAUGUUAAUAUUCUUGAUAUUUAUUAUCGUUAUUAUUAGCAAUUUGUAAAGCAACUGUUGGUCCUGAUUUGCAUCUGUUCUGCAGAAUGCUUUUGUAUUAUGCCAUCUUUUCAAAAAGAAAGAACUUCCAAAAAGAAGUGGUGGAUUGCGAAAUGCAGAAAUUGAGAACAGUGAUUCAUCUCCUAAAAAUAGAAAUCCCUCCUGCAAUGAAUACAAGUCUGAAGACAGGUCAAAACAAUAGAAGAGGUUCAAAUAUAUUCAUGUUUACCACAUAUGACAGAAGAUACUGCUGAACCUAAUAUGUGGUUAGGACCUGGCAGGGACACAAUUAAUCAACAGGAUCAAAUUGUGAGCUUGAAUGACUUCCAUCAAACAAAAAUGAUUUUCCACAAGUUCCAGCUGAUACAAGCUUUUCAAGACCUAAAGCUACAGAUGGAUAUUUGACAGGAUAGCUAUGUUGACAUCUUGAAUGGAAAUUAUAUAAAACUUAAUGACUCAGAGAAUUGUGAUUCUUCUCUUUCGUUUGAUAGUGUAUUCAACAAUGGUGGUCCUGGAAUCCAAUUACGACCUCGCAGUCCAGCAUUGUAUAGUCAUCAGAAAGAUGUGUCAUCUGAAGGUAAAUCCAAAAGAGGAGUUCUCAUUCAGCUGUGCAUAAGAUUGAAGCUUCAGCAGGACCAAAUGAAAAAUAUAUAACAACCACAAACAUCCAUUAUGCAUCAAGUUCUUGUUGGAAAAUGAUGCUAUGCGUGCAAUUAGAAAUAGUAUGUCACAGUUGGAGUUUUUAGAGAGAUUUUAAAUUUGUUUUUAGUGUUUUUUUGGGGAAAUUUUGAGAGUGUAAUUUCUAUGUUUUGAAGAGUUUUAGUUUCUUUAAAAAUUAUGCAUGAAAAUGCAAGUCUUUCAUUUUUGUCUAUUAUAUGGGCUAUGAUCUUUAUAAAGAGUUUCCCUAAUUGUUAA